CUUUGGUCCAGAGAGAGGGCUACUUUUCCCAGGAGCUUCUUUGAUGCUGAGGCAGGCUGAGAUUCCUAGAGUCCAGGACUGAUUUCCAGAGCUGCACUUAGGUUGGGACAGUUGGAAGUCUCCUUGUACACCAUGCUGCGUUUAAGUCUCUCACCCAUGUUUUCAAUGGGAUUUCAUCUGUUAGCUCUGCUGGCUCUCUUAUUUUACCAUGUGGACUUUGUAACUGCUGAGACAGAAAAGGAAGGAGGAAAAAAUGAAACUGGUGGAUGUGCUGGCUCAUAUGAAUGUAAGCAAGGGGUGAUUUUGCCCAUUUGGGAGCCCCAAGAACCUUCUUUUGGAGACAAAAUUGCUAGAGCCACUGUGUAUUUUGUGGCAAUGGUCUACAUGUUCCUCGGUGUCUCUAUCAUUGCUGAUCGGUUCAUGUCUUCGAUAGAAGUCAUCACAUCUCAAGAGAGAGAAAUAACCAUAAAGAAACCCAAUGGAGAGACCACCAAGACGACUGUGAGGAUCUGGAAUGAGACUGUGUCAAACCUGACCCUGAUGGCCCUGGGAUCUUCUGCUCCUGAGAUUCUGCUUUCAGUCAUUGAAGUGUGUGGCCAUAACUUCAAUGCUGGAGACCUCGGCCCGAGCACCAUCGUGGGAAGUGCUGCCUUCAACAUGUUCAUCAUCAUUGCAAUCUGUGUUUAUGUGGUCCCUGAUGGCGAGAACAGGAAGAUCAAGCAUUUGCGAGUGUUCUUUGUGACAGCAGCCUGGAGCAUCUUUGCCUAUACCUGGCUGUACAUCAUUUUGUCUGUCAGCUCUCCUGGAGUUGUGGAGGUCUGGGAAGGUUUGCUUACUUUCUUCUUCUUUCCCAUCUGUGUGGUGUUCGCUUGGAUCGCAGAUAGGAGGCUUCUGUUUUACAAGUAUGUCUACAAGCGGUAUCGUGCUGGCAAGCAGAGGGGAAUAAUCAUCGAACAUGAAGGAGAGGGGCCAUCUUCCAAAACUGAGAUUGAAAUGGAUGGAAAAGUGGUCAACUCUCAUGUUGAUAGUUUCUUAGAUGGAGCUCUGGUUCUUGAAGUUGAUGAGAAGGACCAAGAUGAUGAGGAAGCUAGGCGAGAAAUGGCUAGGAUUCUCAAGGAGCUUAAGCAGAAGCAUCCGGAGAAAGAAAUAGAACAAUUAAUCGAAUUAGCCAACUAUCAAGUCCUAAGUCAGCAGCAAAAAAGCCGAGCAUUUUACCGUAUUCAAGCUACUCGCCUAAUGACUGGAGCUGGCAACAUUUUGAAGAGACAUGCAGCUGACCAAGCAAGGAAGGCAGUUAGCACACAGGAAGUCAACAACGAAGUGGCAGGAAAUGACCCUGUUUCUAAGGUCUUUUUUGAGCAAGGGUCAUACCAGUGCUUGGAGAACUGUGGUACAGUGUCCCUGACCAUUAUCCGCCAAGGUGGCAACUUAGCCAACACGGUACAUGUUGACUUCAGAACAGAAGAUGGCACAGCCAAUGCUGGCUCUGAUUAUGAAUACACCGAAGGGACUGUGGUCUUUAAGCCUGGGGAGACCCAGAAGGAAAUCAGAGUUGGCAUCAUCGAUGAUGAUAUCUUUGAGGAGGAUGAAAAUUUUCUUGUGCAUCUCAGCAACCUCAAAGUAUUUACUGACACUCAAGAAGAUACCAUUCUGGAAGCCAACCAUGUGGCCACACUGGCUUGCAUCGGUUCACCCUCCACGGCGACCAUAACCAUUUUUGAUGAUGACCAUGCAGGCAUCUUUACAUUUGAGGAAUCUGUGCUCCACGUGAGCGAGAGCAUUGGCACCAUGGAGGUGAAGGUGCUGAGAACAUCUGGAGCCCGAGGAAAUGUUAUUGUGCCCUAUAAAACCAUCGAAGGGACUGCCAAAGGUGGAGGAGAAGACUUUGAAGACACUUGUGGACAGCUCGAGUUCCAGAACGAUGAAAUUAUGAAGAUCAUUACCAUUAGACUAUUUGACCGUGAGGAAUAUGAGAAAAAGAGCAGAUUCUUCCUUGAGCUUGAGGAACCAAUAUGGAUAAGAAGAGGAAUGAAAGCCCUGUUAUUGAAUGAGCUUGGUGGCUUUACACUAACAGAGGAAGGUGAUGUCAAGAAGCCACUGACAAGCAAAGAAGAAGAGAAAAGGCGCAUCGCGGAACUGGGGCGCCCCAUCCUGGGAGAACACACCAGGCUGGAGGUGAUCAUUGAAGAAUCCUAUGAAUUCAAGAACACCGUGGACAAACUCAUUAAGAAGACAAACCUGGCCCUUGUGGUGGGGACAAACAGCUGGAGAGAACAGUUCAUUGAAGCUAUCACUGUCAGUGCUGGGGAGGAUGACGAUGAUGAUGAAUGUGGGGAGGAGAAGCUGCCCUCCUGUUUUGACUACGUGAUGCACUUUCUGACUGUGUUCUGGAAGGUCCUAUUUGCCUUCGUCCCCCCUACCGAAUAUUGGAAUGGCUGGGCCUGCUUCGUUGUCUCCAUUGUUAUGAUUGGCCUCUUGACAGCUUUCAUUGGCGACCUGGCUUCACACUUUGGCUGCACCAUUGGCCUGAAAGAUUCUGUGACUGCGGUCGUGUUUGUCGCCCUUGGAACUUCAGUGCCAGACACAUUCGCCAGCAAAGUGGCAGCCAUCCAGGACCAGUAUGCAGAUGCGUCCAUAGGUAACGUCACUGGCAGCAAUGCGGUGAAUGUCUUUCUGGGAAUCGGCGUGGCCUGGUCUAUUGCUGCCAUCUACCAUGCGACCAAUGGGGAACAGUUCAAAGUGUCUCCCGGCACGCUAGCUUUCUCUGUCACUCUCUUCACCAUUUUUGCUUUCAUCAAUGUGGGGGUGCUGCUGUAUCGACGGAGGCCAGAGAUCGGAGGUGAGCUGGGUGGGCCCCGGAUUGCCAAGAUCAUGACUUCCAGCCUCUUUGUGCUCCUGUGGUUCUUGUACAUUUUAUUCUCCUCCCUGGAGGCCUACUGCCACAUAAAAGGCUUCUAAAGGAACAAUCAGAUAUAGUAACUUUAUAUAUAUACAUAUAUAUACAUAAAAUUAUGUACAAUGAACAGAGGAAACUGACAUUUGUCAUGUUCACUUACCUGCUGAUGGAAUCCAGCUUCAAGAGCAUACUCUGUACUAGGGCCGAAGUCAGAAACCAUCACCUCCCAUUCCCGGGGCAUCGUCAUGUUGAACAAGAUGUGGAGGCAGGGCCAUCUUGCAGCUCUGUCUAAAAGGGCUGUACGCUCUCUAGGUUCAGAAAUGGCUAAGGUUUUGGGUUGUUUUCUUGUUUUUAAUUUUGUUUUCAGUGGGGUUGGGGAGGUACCUGAUGUUCUGAUGUUCAACUUUUGUUUCUGUUUUGUUUUGUUUCUGCUUUGCAUUGUUUGUGUUGGGAGGGUCAAGGUUCUUGUUUCUCCUUAUGAAACAUGAUGACCCAUCCAAAGAUACAUGGGCUUGACAUAAAAUUUGAAAUCAUUAAGAGUCUCCUCACCUCUUCCAAACACUUGUCCAUUACUUUGGAUUAAGAAAGAAUCUGGGCAUAGAAGAAGGAUGUGUUCUACACUAUAUUACCAAACUUCUCAAUUGUUUCCUGGAUGUGCUUAGAGACGAAGCUGCCUCUGAGAAGAAGCAUGGGAGCAGGAAUGGAGCCAGGAAGCCACCGUUCUAGAGUCUAGAUCUCUAGGAUAUGGUGCCUGGCACGCUUGUUCAACAGGUACAAGGAUAAUGUGCCUAGAUUCCCAGAAACAGGCAAAAACCCUUCCUUUCUGAUCUCUAAGCUCUGGACUGUGAUGAGCCAAGGCCCUUAUUCCUUCCAGCUAACCCGCCAGGUGUCCCAUUUCAAUCCUCCUCCUCCUCCCUACCCUGCUCUGUGCAAACAGAAAGACUAUCAUCCUUUUCCAUUCGCAUCAGUAUGUGUUCCAGCCCCACAAUGCUGUUGCCUGGGAUGUGUCCAUCAGUUUUAUUUUUGUAAGGCAUCCAUAGCUUGCCCAGUCCUGUUGCACUCAUGACUAAACAUUUGCUCCUUCUUCAUGUGCCUGUUUGGGAAUGUUGUUGUGAUACUUGUUACACAGUGCAUGGAUGAAAAAAAAUAAAUAAAACAAUGCGUUAUCUGUAUAUAGUAGAGUAUAGAAAAUACCAUCCUCUCAUUCAGCAAUGUUGAUGGGACAUUGAAGACAUAAAUGAGUUUUUCUUUUCACCUGAGUUGUUACUUUUGUGUUGUUACUGAGUUUGAGUAUUACUAGGGAUAGAAGAAGAAAAUGGCUUACUAUCCAUGAAUCUGCACACUUGUAUCUAAGAAGCAAUAACUGUCACGUGGAAGAUGUUAAUGCAAUUGAGGGGAUAGCAGGCCAGCUGCCAAGCUCCCCACAGAAGAUUAGCCAUGUGGAACACAUCAGAGGUCUCUCAUAACCACCUAUAAAUACAGGUAGGCCAAAGAAAAAAAAGCACUGGAGAGAAGUGGAUGCAUUAGAUGAGCCUGGAUCUUCAGAGCCACUGUUCCCAAACACCCUGUUCCCCCAAGUAUUUAUUGCACAUCUGCUCUGUCUGGCACAGAUGAUAGUGCUAGUUUGUUCAUUUCAUUUUAUUCUUUCAUGUAAAAGACUAUUUUGAGCCCUCUUUCUUGUCCUAUCCAGUCCAGAUCCCUCUGAAUUUGUCAGUAGUCCCUGAGUAAAAAUGAAGCCAGAGUGACCAAUGGGCCUUUCAAAAUAUGUCUCCUCUACUUACGAUAAAGAGAAGGCCAUCCAAUGAGAUUAGUACCUUCCAGGAGGAUUGCAGAAGAUAGGUUUAACCCUUGAAAAUGAAUGGCUCUUUCUAUGUCAGAAUACCAAAGAGCUGGACAAACGCAACAUCCCAAAGUAAUGAUUCUACCAGUGAGGAGCUAAGGAAUGAGUGCUCACCUCUCAGACUUCUUCACCUCUAAGGAGUCCCAGGCAGGAGGCAUUCCUGGUCCUCCAUUCUGAUUCAAAAAUACUUCAGAAUAAGCCCUUGAGACUUCUUUUCUCACUCUUCCAUGCAGUAAUCAUGACCAUUCAUCCUUUCAAUACGCAUUUAGAGAUUGAGUGAACAAUGAAGCAGCGGUUGCCAAGUCAGUAUGCCAGAUCGUGUGCAACCUCCCAAUGCCUGGAUCAUAACUAAGACAGCCUGGAUUCCUGGUCUCCAGGGAUAUUUACUCAGUGAGUGUGAUUGCCACAUUGAUGAGUACAAGUUAGCAUAGCUACAUUGAAAUAGUUUUGUCAAGCAAACAGAAAAAAAUUAUGAAACUCAACACAAACACACUAAAACUGAACAAAUUCAGCUGCCUAAAUAUCCAAGACACUUUUUAAAAGAGGGUAAGGGUUUUGUUUGACCAACUUGAAGAAAUGUACAUCUCUACCCAGUUUAAACCAAGAAGGGCAAUCAUGUUGAUGAUACACAUCACUGAGAAGGUGCAGAUACUCCUAACUUUUCUCUCUGUGGCAAAAGUCCUUUUCUGUGACCCAUUCCUGACCUGCCAUUGCCCUUCCCAAUACUGGUGACUACUUUGGGGGCCCAUUCUAACUCUUUUUUCUUGUUUGAGAUUUUAAAAAAUGGUGGCUAGUCUAGAAACAUCGAAUAAAAAUAGUCAAGGCAUAUAAGUUGUUUAAACACUAGAAAGAUUUCCUCUCACUCAUUUUUAGCCAUAUUUGAAAUGUCAAUAACCCUGUAGUCAAUCUUUACAGAGGAGUUUAAGAGAUUUCUUACUAUUGAUCAAUUUCAGUUUCAAAACUUUUCAUUUUGUUUGCCUUUUCAAGUUUCGUAACUAUAGGGAAAAUAUGAUUCUGGUUGUCCAGGGUUGUUAUUAAUUAUUAUAGUUGUGUAAAAUUAUUUCAUUUUGUUUGAUUAUUUUAUUUUGUGUUUAUUGUGCACAGCUUUGGGGGGGGGAAGUGCACUAAUUGUGCUGUUCCUUAUAAAUGGUACACAUUAUUGACACAGAAAAAUAAAGUUUCUAAUUGUUUAUGAUCUAA